GCCUUGUCCUUAAGAAGACGUAGUUCGUGGUGGGGCACUUGUGGUAACCGUGGCUGCGCCCGCCGGGGAGUUGCAAAGCCCAGGAAGAGGACGCUUUCUACUGGAACAUGCUGCCCCCUUCUCUCCUUUUUUGACAGACAGCUUUGGGCGUCAGCACAAUUACUUGCGAAUUUCUUUGACCGAGAAAUGCAACCUCAGGUGUCAGUACUGUAUGCCCGAGGAAGGUGUUAAGCUGACUCCUAAAUCAGAGCUACUAACUGCUCAGGAGAUAAUCACCCUAGCCAGACUGUUUGUGAAAGAAGGUGUAGAGAAGAUCCGCCUGACAGGUGGAGAGCCACUCAUCCGUCCUGAUGUGGUUGAUAUUGUGGGUCAACUGUACAAGCUAGAAGGGCUGAAAACCAUUGCUGUCACAACUAAUGGGAUCAACUUAACCAGACUUCUGCCCCGACUGAAGGAGGCAGGACUGAAUGCCAUUAACAUUAGCCUGGAUACUUUGGUCCCAGCUAAAUUUGAGUUCAUUGUCCGAAGGAAAGGCUUUCACAAGGUAAUGGAAGGAAUCCACAAAGCCACUGAACUUGGCUAUCGCCCUGUUAAGGUAAACUGUGUGGUGAUGCGAGGCUUGAAUGAGGAUGAACUGCUGGACUUUGUAGAUUUUACAAAGGACCUGCCCCUUGAUGUGCGGUUCAUAGAAUACAUGCCCUUUGAUGGCAAUAAAUGGAACUUCAAGAAGAUGGUGAGCUACAAAGAAAUGCUUGAUACAAUUAAACAGCGAUGGCCUGAAUUGGAGAGAUUACCCUGUGAAACUUCCAGCACAGCCAAGAGUUAUAAGGUGCCACAUUUCCAGGGACAAAUCAGCUUUAUCACCUCCAUGUCAGAGCACUUCUGUGGAUCCUGCAAUCGGCUGAGGAUAACAGCAGAUGGGAACCUAAAAGUGUGCCUUUUUGGGAAUUCAGAAGUGUCCUUGAGGGAUCACCUACGGUCUGGUGCCUCAGAGGAAGAGCUGGUUCAAAUCAUUGGAGCAGCAGUGGGCAGAAAAAAGAAACAGCAUGCUGGCAUGUUUAACAUUUCCCAGAUGAAAAACCGGCCAAUGAUCCUGAUUGAGCCUGCAUUGAUGUCAUUCCCACUAUGCCAAGAUGCCCUACAGAAUCCCUCAAAUUCAAAACAGUGGGGCCACACAUUUAGCCAUUGGCUGACUUUGAGAGCAAGUUUACCCAGACAAAAGGGGAAAGCAUUAAUGAAAAAUAAGCUUACAGGACAACUUUUCCUGCCGAGAUCUCACCCAGAGCAACAGUGGCACAUAACAGGAAUUCUACAAACCCAGCUCAGAGGCUACUGUGUCUUCCAGAAGGACCCAAGCUCCACAUUUGAUACAAAGUGCCUUGACACUUCUCUUGUUGGCCAAGUUUCUGUGGACUGUCAGUCCAAAGAGGCAAGUUCAGGAUCGGAAUUCUAUACCAUGGAUUUGGGAUCUUGCACCAAGGUACCUCGUGCCUCUGACAACUUGACUCACACUGAUGAGGAAGGACGGGCCACAAUGGUUGAUGUUGGAGGGAAGCCAGAUUCAAGAAGAAGUGCUGUUGCUGGUGCUGUGGUCCUGCUGGGUGAGAAGGCAUUUGGGAUGGUGAGGCAAAACCAGGUGAAGAAAGGGGAUGUGCUGGCAGUAGCCCAGAUUGCAGGAAUUCAGGGAGCCAAGCUGACCAGCCAGUUGAUCCCGUUGUGUCACAACAUCCCGCUCUACCAUGUUGAGGUGUCUCUGAGUCUGGAUGAGGCUAGAUAUGCAGUGGUGAUUCGCAGCUCCUGUCAGACCUGGGGGAGGACAGGUGUGGAGAUGGAAGCUCUGACAGCUGCCAGCCUGGCUGCCCUGACGGUGUAUGACAUGUGCAAAGCAGUUACUCAUGACAUUGUCAUCGAAGAUGUGAAGUUGCUUAGUAAGACAGGUGGGCAGAGGGGAGACUUCUCAAGGGUCUAGGUAAUAUCCAGGUACUUCCAGCCCUCCAAAUGACCACUGCUCAUGUUCAGCCUCUUACAGAACUACUUUUUCUCAUCUGGUGGGCUUGGAGACAUCAGCAGGUGUACAGUACAGCAACCCCAUGACUACAGUAUUGCCUUACUCUGUCAGCUUACUGCUGGGUGACCAGUGAAGCCACUUAUCCCUGUUAAAAACCAUAUGUGUUUUCUAGAGGACAAAUUUCUCUGCUCUGCCAAUACCUCCAUUUUAGUGUCCUCACAAUGAGCUUGAGGAAAGAUGCGUGGUUAUACCACAGAGGUUUUUGGUUUGAGUUUUGGUGGAUUUUUUUUCCUUUGUGCUGUGAAAUACUGACACCUGCUGUAAUCACACCAUGCAACUGUGAGCUCUGGAAAUGAAGCAAGCGCUGAAAGUGCUGUUAUUUGGCAACUAUUUUUAAGACAAGGAUUAAGAUUUCAGAAUUGUGUCUAUCUGCCUGUUCUCCUAACUUCCUUGGUUGAAUUUAGAAGGUGGCAGUGAGAAGAACAUAGCUGAGGAACCUCACCAUACAGCAGAGUGCACUGUUCCAGUGCACGGUCACCUGCAUAGUAGUUCUUCUUCAUAGUCAGGUGGAACUUACUGUUCAUUAGCUUCUUUCUGUUGCCACUUAUUCUACUGUUCAGCAUCACCAAGAACAGCCUGGCUUCAUCUGCUUGGCACUCCCCCUGUUCCAAUACUUAUCGACAUUGAUGAGAUCCUCUCUGUCACCUCUUCUGGAGGCUGAACAGGCCCAGCCUUUCCUUUUAAGAGGGAUACCUGGAUGUGGGAAAUAUGUGGAUAUGAUUUUCAAAAGAACAAAGAAGAUGGCAGCUGCCCAGUUCUCUGCAAAACAUGAUGCAGAAACAGGAAUUCUAGGUUUGAAAGAAUUAUUUUGCUGAUCUGAAAGACAUGUUUUACAACGUUAGAAGCAUGUUCUGGCAUUUUGUCCUUACCACUGGAAUACACUGAUGCCCUGCAUUUGCAUGCUUAAGGGCUUAAUUGUGCUGUGCACAGAAGUAGGUAUCAGCUCUCCCUGACUUUAGAAAGAGAUGUCACACCAAACCCUAGAAGACUCCAAAUUUUUUAAUUCUACGGUGCAGUUCCUAGUAACCAGCAACCUGCAUAGUCCUGACAGAUAAAACAAAGUUAAUACUAAUAGCCACUUGAAAGAGUAAGGUAAUUGCUUUUGCCUUGGCCAGAGUGUUUUCCUGCAUGUUUCUCUGAUUUGCUUUCAUGAAGUCUUCUGGCCUUGGAGCACUUGAGUGUCUCCAUAAAUAGAGCAGUGGCCACUGUCAUGUAACAUUAAAUAGUUUUGAUAAUUGACUGUCCUAGAUAAGAAAUUACUCAACAUUCUUGUUAAUACUGAUAGAUCCUUUUCAGAUGUUAAUUUAAGUGCUUUAAACAGGGUAUUACUAGUUUACUACUGCUUAUGGGUUAUGUGAAGUUGCAUAUGAUUCAGGGUGCUUCCUCUCCAUAUGCACAGAGUUGAAGACAGCUCUAAUAAGGUCAAAGACUCUAAAAAAAAAGGGUAUCUUAAGCUUUGCAAGUAGCUGCUUCUCAUGAAAUAACAUUAAAUUACUGUGAGCAUUAUUAAAGCACAUACCACACUGCCAACACCCAUCGUGCUCACUUAAAGUAAGCACAGGUUUAAGAUGAGGAGGCAAUAGGUUUUACUACAAAUCUCAUACACUAGCUACCACAAAAGGCAUUUUUUUCCAUUGCAGGUGAAUGAAUUUGAUUCUUCAUUCACUGUCACUGGGAGAUAAGGCACAUACAGUGACAGACAUAGCAGCUAUAGCUGAAAGGGAAAGGAGUCUGGAAAACUUGAUGCCAAAAUUCCAUGAACAUUUGUACACCUAUAUUCAGUGUUACAGUCCUGACUCCCUUGAUAUCACUGUGCUUCUCAGGAGCGUACCUAGCACUGCCGUACUGAGCAUCAACAAUUUCUCCCUGAUCCUGCAAAUACAAGAGACUGUGUUCAUCUGUGGAAUCGCUGUGCCCAUAGCACAAAAGUCUCCUUAGCUCAGCAUGGAAACAAAUUGCCAGGAAAAGGAAGCACGUGUGUAACCUGUUAACUGAUUUACACAAGCACUUACCUGCACUCAGCAUACACAAAACACCCAAACUUUCACCCAGUCUCUAAAUAAUUUUGAAAGUGAAAAGGAAACUAGAUGUACUCAGUAGUAAUAAACUGAUGCUUUAGGCACAUGAUUCUCUAGCUGCUGCUAAGUUUGCUGUCAUGCUGUAAAGCUCACACAAAGGACUCAGGACCAUACAAGGGACUACUGAAGCACACACAUGACCACCAAGCACAUCUUGCUACUUACGCACAUUUCACUACUUUGUUGGUUUGAGAGUGGCUGGAAGUGUAGGGCAAACUGACUUUGGUGCCAUUUUAUGCUCAUGUUACAUUAUCAAGUCUUUAAACUAUGCACAUUUAUAGGUAAUGAACCAAGCAUGAGUCAACAUUUUGUGAGAGAAAUGAGUUGAGAGCGCUGUAUGUUUCAGUGGUCCUGGGUGGGCCAUGGUGUAAUAUAUGUUGAUGAACUGACUACCUUUUGGAGGCUUGCUUUUUUUUGUCCACUGUAUUUUUAAUAAAUACUAGUUGUAAUGGAG